AUGCUGGCAAUACGAAAUAAUAUAAAAUGUUAUGAAAAAUUGAACAAAACAGUUGAAGGCAAUGAAGCAGUAGCAGUACAAAUAGAAACAUCAUUUGGACAUCUUCUCAUAGCAUCUAUAUAUAUUCCACCAAAUAUAAAACUUCAUCACGAACUUUUUGGACAAAUAUAUGACUUAGAUAAUGAUUGUCUUAUUCUUGGUGAUCUUAAUGCUUCUCUUCAAUAUAUGGGAUCGAAAAAAACCAACGCAAAAGGUCUUCAACUACAACAAGUUCUCUACGAAGGUUAUCUUCAAUGUAUAGAUAAUGUUCUUACUACUUAUAUCAGGAAUAAUUAUGAGGAAAAAAUCGAUUGGAUUCUAGCAAGUCAACCUACCAUUACAUUUAUUAACAAUGUUGAAACACAAGCGCCAUUUGGACUCAAAGAAGAUCAUAAACCAUUAACAUUUAAUCUAGAUAUGUCAGCUGAAAAAAAAACCACAAUCUCCUCGAAUAUCCUUCAACUUCAAAUUGGCC